CUCUUCAUCAACACGACGUAUGCCUUGUUGUGGAAGCGGCCUAUGGGCCACCCCCUCCGCUAUGACAUGCUCUGGGUUUCGUCGCUGAUGUUCGUUGUCGCCACAAUGCACGUCGCGACCAAUUUCUCGCGAAUCAUCCUCGCAUUCGCUGACCAUGCUGGGGCUCCCGGUGGGCCAGCUGCCUUCUUUGACGAGCUGUCAAACUUCACGCAGAUGUUUGGCAGCACAUUGUAUGUUAUCCAAACACUCUUAGGGGAUGGCAUGGUUCUCUAUCGUUGCUACCUUGUGUGGGGGCGCUCAACACGGAUCAUCGCAUUUCCUGUCGCAUUGCUGCUGGGAAGUACAGCCACCGGGAUCGGUAUCCUCUACUCGUUUGAUAAAGUCGUGCCCCAGGCAUCUAUCUUCGUUGUCCAACUCGGUCACUGGAUCACGGCGUUCUUCUCCAUGACGUUCGCCACGAAUGUCAUAUGCACGGUCUUGGUCGCAUAUCGCAUCUGGUCCAUGAACAGGAAGCACUUGGCCUUCCGUCAUCGCAAGCUACGACCUCUCAUGCUCCUCAUCGUCGAAUCUGGUGCCAUCUACUCCGCCACGCUCCUCGCGCUUCUCAUCCUCUACAACGUCGACUCGUGGUUCCAAUACGUCAUACUUGAUGCUAUCUCGGCUGUCGUUGGAAUCGUGUUCUCUGUUAUCAUGUUACGCAUCGCGACGGGAGUGUCUACC